AUGGACUCGACCGUUGUGGGGCCUCUCUUUCCUCGGUCCAAACGCGAUACCAAAAGUUAUGGCAAUGCCCCUGGCUGGAGCAAUGUGCGCAGCAUGAGCCAGAGCUACCAUGAUCCAUACGAAUACUCGCCUGUUCCGCCGAUGCCACCCACGCCGCUAUCUCUGGCUCGACCCACCUCUUCAAGCUUGAUCAUGCCUCCACGGAAUGUCGAUCCUGGUUUGUCCAGUACAAGCUCAGCGUCCGACGGUGAAAAUCAAGCUAGACAUGCUCCUGGUCCUGGCAAGGCCAAGCCGACGCAGAAGAGGAUUCGACCCAGCACAGAACAUCGUCGGGAGCAGUGCCAUCUCAAUCAGGCCCGAUACCGGGACAGACAGCGUAAGCGCAGCGUCUACAACGUCAUUGUCGAGUACUUCCACCUCUUUCGCCACGGCGUCGACGUCUCCCGUGGUUGCCUCCAAAGUGACGCAACGCAGCGGCAACAAGUUUUCUUGCGCUACUCGAUGGCACCGAACGACCUGGGAUUUCGUCUAGAUCACAUGAGCGAGUUGUCAAAGGGCCUCAUCGUUGUGUCGGCGUCGAUCAGGGUGACCAUCACGAAGGAGACACUGAACCAAGUGUUUCCGCGCCUUUCGGGGGGCCGUCACGGCAGCCGAACCGGUGAGCAACAAGACUUCAAGGCCGUGAGUCUGGGCGUGAAGCUGCUGCUGCUCCCGUCGACUCUUUAUUUUGAGUGGGAUCGCGUAACUAUGCAGGUCGUGCGCUUGGAGAUGGCGGUGGACUUCUUGACACCACUUCGUCGGGAGUUUGGGAACCUGGAAGAUGCGUCGUUCGUGCUAGAUGGGGCAAACAUUGCACCCGACAGCGCUAUCAGAUACUCGUGUAAGUGUCUGAUGGACCAGGGAAGUGGUAGAAUGCUGUACAUGUACCUACGUACCCAGUUGAUAGGAACGAUGGCGAAGUUUUAA